GAGGUAACCAGGAUCUUUAAACUAACUUAUUGGAGCGGGAGUAUUUUCCUAAAGGAGAAGGUGAAGAGGAGGGGAGAGACCAACCAAUCCUUUCUCUCUGGGCCUUUGCAGCAUUCUCUAAACCCAGCUUAAUUGCAGUUCCAAGCACGUGGGUGAAAGCCUCCUGCUUUGAAAAGUACAAAAGAGACACUUCUGGAGAAGGAGAAGCCAUUGCAAGAGAAUAUCCGGAGCCCUGGAGAGUGCCAUGGACUUUUCAGAGUGUAAUGGCCACGAUGUUCCACAUCUGAGAUCAGAGCCAGUGGCAAAGAAGAUUAAGCUGGAAAGAGAAGAGAAACUCUGCUCGGCAAGAACUGAAAAUAAGACAGUUGCAAGGCGGCAGGUGAGAAAAGUGUCGCACUGUUCAGACACAAACGACACAGCAGUGGAGGAAAGAAUGAAAAAACCGAGGGCCUGUUCUUCAAAAGUGGAGACUGAGACUGAGCAACAAGAGGACCACGACACGUGGGAGGAAAGCCCAGGAAGUUGUUUCGAGCAGAAGGAGAACAAGGCCAAAAAGGCCAAAGGAGAGGAUGACAAAGGCAUGACUGAAAGGAGGAAUGGUCGGAAGAAGAGAGCGGCAAAGGUGAAGCAUGAGUUGGAUAGCAAAAGUGGGCCGGAGAGAGAGAAUGACAAUGAGGGAAUGGCGGGAAGUGGGGAUGAGCUGGAGAUACCCUGUGACAUCAAAGUGGAAUAUGACUCCAAUGAGCGGAAGCCUGCAAAAAGGAAGAAGAGCAAAGCAAAAGAGGCCCAGGAGGAUGGCUGUGGGACAGAAGGGAAGGCCAAGAGAAGCAGGAGCAAAGGAGCCACAAAGAAAGCGGAGGUGGAAGGCGGCUCCCGGAAGAGGAAAGCAAAAGAGCAUGACGAUGAUGUGAAGAAGAAGCGGAAGAAGCAGAAGAGAGAAGAAAAUGGGAAAGACAAGACAAAAGUAGAGGAUAACAAGUGGAAGUGGUGGGAAGAGGAGAAGCGUGAGGAUGGUGUCAAAUGGCAGCAGCUGGAGCAUAAGGGACCGUACUUUGCACCCCCCUAUGAGCCGCUGCCGGAUUGUGUCAACUUCUAUUACAAUGGCAAGCCUUUGAAACUCAGCCUGGCUACAGAGGAGAUCGCAACAUUCUAUGCCAAGAUGUUGGAUCAUGAGUACACCACCAAAGAGAUCUUCCAGAACAAUUUCUUUAAUGACUGGACGCAGGAGAUGACAGCAGAGGAGAGGAAAAAAAUCAAAGAUCUGGAGAAGUGUGAUUUCGAAGAGAUCCACAAGUAUUUCGUGGACAAACACGAAGCACGCAAGGCUCUGUCCAAGGAGGAGAAACAGAAAUUGAAGGAGGAGGCAGAUAAAAUCCAAGAAGAAUAUGGUUACUGCAUGAUUGACGGGCACCGAGAGAAAAUAGGCAACUUCAAGACCGAGCCUCCAGGUCUUUUCCGGGGCCGUGGGGACCACCCUAAAAUGGGGAUGCUGAAGAAGAGGAUAAUGCCGGAGGAUGUCAUCAUAAAUUGUAGCAAGGAUUCAAAGAUCCCAGAGCCCCCUCCAGGACACAAGUGGAAAGAAAUUAGGUUUGACAAUACUGUCACUUGGCUGGCGUCAUGGACAGAGAACAUCCAAGGGGCCAUAAAAUAUAUUAUGCUGAACCCUAGCUCCAAGUUGAAGGGGGAAAAGGACUGGCAGAAAUACGAAAUUGCUCGCCGCUUGAAAGGGGUGGUUGACCAGAUCCGCUGUCAGUACCGAGCAGACUGGAAGUCCAAAGAGAUGAAGAAACGGCAGAGGUCUGUGGCGCUGUACUUCAUUGAUAAGCUGGCCCUGAGAGCAGGGAACGAAAAGGAGGAAGGCGAGACGGCGGACACGGUGGGCUGCUGCUCCCUGCGCGUCGAACACAUCAGGCUGCACUCUCGGCUGGAUGGGAAGCAGAACAUGGUGGAGUUUGACUUCCUGGGCAAGGAUUCCAUCCGCUAUUACAACAAAGUGCCCGUGGAGAAGCAGGUGUUCAAGAACUUGCAGUUAUUCAUGGAGAACAAAUGUCCUGGAGACGACCUGUUUGACAGGCUGUCUACAUCUUCACUGAAUAAACAUCUCCAGGACUUGAUGGAUGGUUUGACAGCCAAGGUCUUCCGAACAUACAAUGCAUCCAUCACAUUGCAGGAACAGCUGAAAGCGCUGACAGAUGAGGACGAUAACGUGGCCGCCAAGCUCCUCUCCUACAACCGCGCCAACCGAGCUGUUGCCGUCUUGUGCAACCACCAGCGGGCCACUCCCAAGACUUUUGAGAAAUCCAUGCAAAACCUCCAAGCGAAGAUUGAUGCCAAAAAGAAUCAGCUGGUUGAUGCAAAAGUGGAGCUCAAGAGGGCAAAGGCUGACCACAAAGCCAAAAAGGAUGUGAAAUCGAAAGCUGCUGUGGAAAAGAAAAGGAAACUGAUAGAGAAGAUUGAGGAGCAGUUGGAGAAGCUGGACAUACAGGCCACGGACAAGGAAGAGAACAAGCAGAUUGCUCUGGGCACUUCCAAGCUUAAUUACCUGGACCCCCGCAUCAGUGUGGCCUGGUGUAAGAAGUUUGGUGUGCCCAUUGAGAAGAUUUAUAACAAGACUCAGAGAGACAAGUUUGCUUGGGCAAUAGCAAUGGCAGAUGAAGAUUUUGAAUUCUAAGGUGUAGCUGCGUUGAGGAGAUCAACUCUACCUCUUGCUUCUCUUGGUAGCUUGUUGGCACUCUAUGCCUAUAUGGUGCCCACAAAAUACAACUCUAAAGGAAGAAUUUGAUGGCUAUAAUUUCUACUGUCUUCUGUGUCGAAGAGAAGAAAGUGUGGGCCUAGACGGGGAAGAGUCUCUCUGGUUUAUUAUUUUGGUUUACUGCAACAGUCGACUCUGAUCUUGUCUACAUUACAGUUUUGAGUCGGUUUAACUGUCGCAGUUCUCCCAGAGAACCUUUGGAAAUAUACUCUAUAGAGGGGACUAAGACUCUACAUCAGAUAACUCCCAGCAUGCCAGAAAUCCCAGUGUUCUUUGGGGGAAGCCAUGAUAGUUAAAACUACUUCUGGCUUAUUGUGUAGACAUAACAUUUACAACUUGUAUUUCUCAAGUCUUGUUCAGGUCUGUUGACUUUUCCAUGCCCAGUUUGAGCCAGUGAAGGCUGUGGAGGAACCUGGUAGAGAAGAGUAUUUCUGCCAUUUUGUUCUCCAAGAAUUUGUGGUCCAGAAGAGGCCCAGAACUAGAGUUAUGUCAUACCUCACUCCCCUAUCUUUUGAAUCCUCCAUUUUUAACUGACACAUAGUUGUUUGGUGAAGGAGGGACCUUUUUUUUUUGUCUGAAAGAUGACUUUGGCCAAGACUUAGAUGAGUUUUCCUUAAUCCAGUCUCUGUUCUCUGUAUCAGAGAUACUCUUCACUCCAACCCUUACGUCACAAAUUUGCAUGACCGAAUAUUUGUGGCCAUCUUGUGAGAUCUUGGGCCAUAGCUGUCGAACGACAGCUGACCCUGCUGGGACAUACACUGAAGUGAGCAGUUUAAUGGUGACUGGAGAGUCUUUUGAAUGGUAGGUGGAGAGAGGAGCUGGCCUCUAAAAUCCUUCAAUUUUGAUGAGGAAAGACUAGCCUCCAUCUCAUGAUGGUGUUCAAAAUAAGCCUUAUGCAAAGGAGGAAAUCCCCUUGCUGUAGAAUGGGACUCUUAAAAUGGCCUCUGGUGGAUAUCAGUUGAACUCAUGUGAGAAUUCUUCAUUUGUACAUAUAAAUGUCCUUGCUCUCUCGAGCCUCUAGCACUGUAUUGAUUUUCAGUGGCAUUGUGACAGCUUAAUUUAAGAUCGUAGCGGAUUCUAAUUUGUAGCUAACGUUAGGAAUAAGAUGGAUUGGGGCUGGUGGGGGCAAGCGUCUAGGUUACAAACUGUUAGGCUGUAUAUUUGUAAUGAAAAUAUAUUUGUAAUGAAAAUAUUAGUGUAUGGCACAGAAACCUGUUGGGCAAUAUGUCUAGUUUAUUAUGGUGGAGAGGGGGAAAGAAUAUGGUUUUUGACACAAUCCUAGUGUGGGGGAAAUACUGUGGAUGUCACACAGUCAUCUGAUAUUAUUACUUCUGGUUUACUAGUAUUCCUACAAAGGGAUAUAAAGUGUUGAACUUAUUAAUUCUGUGGAACAUGCAAACUGGUGAAAUUUAGAUAUGCCAAGCACAGGGGUAAUGCAACUCUAAUUCCUAUAUAAUUUUACAUUAUAAAACUGGUGCCACAGAUGUUAAGUGCUCUUACUAUUCAGUAAUUUUCUAUGGUCACCUCUUGGUUUCAAGAGACUGUAUUCCUGGUAAUGUGUGGGUUUUUGUUCCUUGGAAAGCACUUCAUUAAAAUUAGAAUAUUUUUGUCUA